AUGCCACCGGCCGGCGGAGCAGGUCGAGCGAGGACCUGGACUCGUGCUGUCGAUGCGCCCGCGGGACCGGGGAGCCAGUGCCUCGGCUCCGAGUUUGCCCCCCCUUGGCUCCUCUUCUUCAUCAUCAUCAUCAUCACCACCACCACCAUCACCACCACCACCACCACCACCAUCAUCAUCAUCAUCAUCGCCAUCGCCCUCUUGUAA